GCCCGUCCUAGCCCAGAGACACAGACAAGUUGGGAGCUGCAUGACGCUUGGCCAGGCUGACGGUCACUGGGUUUCUUUCAUUUUGCAAAGAUCUCUGCUUACUUUGACCGCACUAGAUUUCACCAGCAGAUUUGAGAUAAUGUGUGAUGGACGCAGGAAGAGAUGAGACAUCGUUGACUUCCUGUAGCUGGAGCCACCAGCUGAGUUCCUCAACUGGGGCUCAGUGGAGCUGGGCAUCGGGGUGUUGGUGGCAGUGCUGAGGGGCCCCUCGCUGUCCCCAUCAUGGCAUCUGCUCUCACCGUCCUCUUCCUCGGCUGCUGGCUGGCCGGGCAGAGCGGGGUGUCUGGACGUGUAUAUCUGUGGGGAACGGGGGGAACAUACUGGACUCAGUGGAGAACGAGACCGACUCCCACCCAUUCAGGCAGCACGGGGCCAGGUACCGAGUCUGGGUGCACAAAAUCCCCAUCAACCCUCCCAGAAACAGGGGGAAGUGACUCGACUCAGCGGAGAACGACACUGGCUCCCAACCAUCCAAGCAGCACAGAGCCAGGGAGAACUGACUCGACUCAGUUAGGAACAACGCCGGCUUCCACCCACCCACUCCGCGCGAGGCCAAGUACCAGGACUGGCGGGCGGGAAUCAUCAUCAAACCAGCCCUGGAAACAGCCCCAUCCUGGGGGCCCCACAAACUGGGUUGCUUUUCUGUCCACCGUCACCACUAAGCCACCCUUGCAGGGCACAGGGGGAUCAGAACCAAGCGCAGCACCGGGUCUGACCCGCAACAUCAUCGCCGGGGUGAGCGCAGCGGCCACCGGCCUCCUCCUCCUCCUCCUCCUCGUGGCCUUCGUCCGCUACAGAACACCAGCCCGUUGGCGGUGUUGAAGACCCCGGCUCAGGAAGAUCCCGUCU